CAGCAGAUUUGCUUGAAACAUUCGGGAGAGGCUGUUGAAAAUCAUUGAUCUCAAAGCCAGGCACAAGUCUUGCCUGUCAGAUGCCAAAAAUAGAAGAACCUGCUAGUUGGAAUUGUCUAAUGACCCAAUUUAUGGCUCAAACUCCAAUGUAAGAGAGGCUAAAUCUCACCAGCAAUUUGUCUACAGUUUGAGCCAAGCCUUCACCAGGGUUGUGCUCAUAGAUCAUUUCUUGGAAAAGUGGACGAUUUUCAGCCAGUAUUUUGGAUUAUUCGCCAGUCAGGUUGUUCCCGGCAAGUAGACAGCUGACUGGUGGAUAAGGCAUCAGUCUGCUCAGAGUGCAGUGCAAGCAGCCGUCAGUCAGGGCAGAGCAGACGACAGGGUGAAAGAUUGGGUCAGUGUUUGAGGCACAGUCCCGGAUUAGAAUGGGAGCAGAGGAAAGCCGGAAUGGAAACUACGGUUUGAUGGGAGCGAGUGCAGUGGUAGCUAAUAUGAACAGACAGGCUGUGAAGGCUCGGGCCUGGUCACUCUUACACCAGUGCUCGCUUGACCAGUGGAAGGGAGGACAUGCAGAAGCAGCGGGUUUCUCAGAGACAACAAUGUUGUGCAACGGUGUCCUGUAUAAGGACUGCAGUUUGACAUUCUGUACCAGUAGACAGGGUAUUAUCAAUAUCAACAAAUCUGGACCACUCUUCAGCUUUCGGAGGAAGAGUAAAUUUACCAAAAUGGCCGAGCACUUUGAGUACAACCACAUCCCUGCUCACCUCUCCUCCAUCCAGAACUUUCAUGUCAAGAGUGUGCUGUGUUAUAAGAGCAACACAGUCGUGCUACAUCUAGUUCGAAACUUGAUGACCCUAUUCGCAAUCAUAGAUCUGGGUGUGAAUAAGUACGUGGGCAUAUUUGGGAAGCAGUCUGUUGAAUUUGUGAACGAGGCAGUUCGUGGAGAAAUCAGCCCGGAUGGAAGCAUGUGUAUGAUAAAGAUACCUUCUCUGAGGAGUGACACAAACGCGUUUGUUUUUCAGCUUUACAGUCUAGAGACUCGGGAACUGAUGUGUGAAAUCUCGCCGCCAUACAACCACUCUCUAUUUGCCUUUGAUCCACGGUUUUGUAUGUCCCGUAUUGCUGCCACCAGUUUUGUACAUGGCGAGGACAACAGCCUCAGUCUGGUUCAAGUUGGAUCAUGGGACGUCCUUGCCACCAACUCACGGGUCGAUGAUGUCCACCGAAGCCUUGAUCCUAACCUCAAGGACUUGAAGUUUUCUCGGGACGGACAUCUCAUCAUGGCCUUGAUGGUAACAAGCGGAUGCCACUGCCGGGAGAAGAAGGCCAGAAGAUUCCAGCCAAUUGAUUUGAGCAUUUAUAUUUUUGAUGGCGACAAUGCCCGUACUUUGCACUGUAUCCAAUACCACCGUUAUGCGUGUGGGUUGCACUCUUGCCCAAUAAACUACAUGCCUAUUUUCUCCCACUGUGGCAGUCGCAUGGCUAUCGUUCUCAAUGACAUGGAGACAACCAUCGACCAUGUUCAGAUCUACAAACUGCCGAUGCAUGGAUCACUGCAGAAUCGGUGCCGCAUUCGUAUUUUGCAACACUUCCCUCCAGAUGUCAUCUCCAGACUCCCAUUGCCAGCACGCCUCAUCAACUAUCUCAAGUUCAAACCAGAAUACGCGUGAACACCAUUUCAAGUUGAAUGAAAACUCAUUUCUUAGUAAUGACAUAUCCUUGGCAAUGCAGGCCUUUUUAUUUUCUCCUUAUCAGCUUAAUACCCUGGGGUGCGACUGGAUUCAUUAUUUCAUGUUGUAUUUCCUAGUUCACACACAUGGAGAAGUGGUGACGCCUGGUCUUAGUGUUCUGUGCAUAAAAAUUGCUGCAGUGUUAUUAAGAGCAGCAUGAAAUAAUUUUAAGUUAGUCAUACUUGAGAAAACUUUCACAAAAUUUGUCCUCUCCUCAAUCAGCUUAAGUGAAUCAUCCAACAAGAGCAAGAAGACGGCAGCCAUUUUUCCCAGGUCAAGUUGUUCCACAUCAGUCAUCCGUGCCUUGCAUCUGAUUGGUCAAGUUGGUAUAUGCUGCCUUGACCUCGACCACUGAUACCAUCCUCAUUGGUCCCAAGAUAUCACUUGGAGACGAAAUAUACCAAAGAGGUAGUAGAACAACCUUAAGAGGUUUUUUGUAUGGAAACCACUACUGUAUUCAACCUAAUAGAAGUGCCCUUUCAAUAAGUUACACAGAGGGUGGAGAUGGAACAUCAGCUGGCUUGUAUUGGAGAGGGUGGUGGGUCUCAAAUGGCAGUGUGUUAGUAAUGGCUUAAGGGCACUUAUUAGAUUGAAUACGGUGUAUUAUUUGUAUUUGAUAAUGAUAAGGUAGAAAGUAGGAUAUCCCUGUAGUCUUAGGCCAGAGUUUUUGUAUUUCUGGGUGUACAGACUUUUGUGUAAAAUCAUGGUUUGUCAUUUUGGUAGGUGGGAAAAAUCAUGUAAGCCAUGUUGAACGUGAAGUUUUGCUUUCGAUGGAAUAUAAAAAGGUGCUUUAACCAUUUUUUGCCAUUUUUCAUUACAUUUGGAUCAGAUGAACAUCAUGAGUCUGUAAGCAUUCUUUAUAAAAAGUCUGGCCUUUGGAGAUUCUAGAUUGAAAAAACAUUGUCAUUCUCUUUUAUAUGAAUAUUUAUUUUUGUUAACUCCAUUCUAAAAUGCUCAAGAAUGUUGUGGACAUAUAAUACUUCACGAUCAUUUUCCUUAUGAAUGGAAACAAGUGAAAAUCCUCGCAUCAUACUUGCCUAAUGACUGAUAUUACUUUCAUGGCAACUGCUUUUAUAAUGAUUGCUUGGUGUUUUUUUUAGGAUGACUCUUUCAAGGAAUGUUUUUCCUAGUUCUGUCAAAUUUGCUUUGAGCAGUGGUUCUGAACAAACGUUUUUUGUGUGAACGAGAGACAUAUCAUGUACAUUGCUUUGGGGAAACCCUUGUGAAAAGUCUUCAGUUUCACAUAGGCAGUGUUGACACAGGGUCGGGAUUUAAAAGGAAAAGAUCUUUUCAUUUGUCUACUGAUAUUGAUGCCAUUGUUGUGGAGAUAUUUGUAACAUCAUAUUGGUAACCAAAUAUUUUAAAAUCAAGUUCAUAUGAAGACACUCAUUAAAUCAAUCUCAUUAAAAUCAGAUCUAGUUCUCGCUACCGCUAAACAAAGAUCUGAAGACAUCCCAUUAGGGGUCACGUCAGAACGACCUUUCACCCGACCAAUCAG